CGAGCCCCCACGCCCCCCCCUCCAGCCUCCACUUCUCCUCCUCCCCCAUCCUGCAGCAGCCCGGCUCCUACUUCUCCCACCCGGCCAUCAGGUAUCACCCACAGGAGACGCUCAAGGAGUUCGUCCAGCUGGUCUGUCCUGACUCCGCCCAGCAGGCCGGACAGGUGGGCUUCCUCAACCCUAAUGGUAGCUCCCAGGGGAAGGUCCACAACCCCUUCCUGCCGACGCCCAUGCUGCCUCCCCCUCCACCUCCCCCUAUGGCACGUCCCGUCCCACUGCCCGUCGACGCAAAGCCACCCUCCACCUCCUCCACCGAGGGGGGAGGAAACUCACCCACCUCACCCACCUACUCCACCCCCACUUCAUCUCCAGCCCAGAGAUUCGUCAGCGUGGGACCCAGAGACCCCGGCUUUAACAUCCCUCAGCAACCGCAGUGGUACCUGGGAUAAGGACUCCAGAGGCCCCUCCCCCCUCCACCCACCUGUACGACAGAUCACUGCAGCCUCCUCCUUUGACCUUUGAUGCCAGCUGUGAUGGAGAGUCUUUACCUGCCCCGCCCCCCUUCAAGCCCUCCUCCUCCUCCUCCUCUUCCUUUUCCCUCCUUCUGCGCCUGACUCCGCCCCCACCAGCGCCAUACACAGACUCGGCAGCAUCAGCAUGGCUACAGCUGGAUCAAACGCCACUCCGACCCCCGGUGUUAAAACACCCACUCUGUAAACUGUACGUCAUAGACUCCCCUGUUGACAUAUGGUGCAUAUGUCCAUGACCGUAUAUAGUGCCAGACCCCUCCCCUGACUCCGCCCCCAAACAUCUCAUGAAGGGGGGAUUAAACCUUCAAUUUUUUUGGACGCCGCAAGACUGAAUCACAGAACUUCCCCUCUGGAGAAACUACACACUCACUCUCCCAUCAUCCUUUGCAGUGUUGGCAUCAAGUGGACUUGAUGUGGUACAAUACUCCCCCAUCCCGCUCGUCCCGCCAACCAAACCCCUCCCACACCCCCAUCCAGGUGGAUCUGGAUGGCGUUUGGUUGGUGAUUGUCAGGGAAGGAUUGGAUGCAGCUUCGUUUGUUGGGGAGCGGGGGAGGUGUCACCUGGCUCAGAUACCACCAGCUAACCCCCCUGUUCCCCCCCCCACACAUGCCCUCACACACCUCCACGGAUGGACUCCACCUCCACCUGACCCCGCCCCCCCUUUGCGGGAGGGCGGCACGUCAGCGAGGGAGGAAGUGGACGCAGCUCUUUCCAAGGACAUGGACCAGUGCUUAAUGGGAAGAGCUGACCUGAUGGGGAGGUGGUGCCCCGAUGCUUCCACCAUUAUAGGAGGGGUGGGUGUCGGGUCGGGUCGGGGUUACAAAGUGAGGGGUUUGUUGAUGUGUUACUGUUAGAUCCAAGCUGGUUUAACUGGGAGGCUUCAUGGCUCAUUGAUUUAUUUUCCUUCUUAGCAGUCAUUUCAGCUGGUCCCCUUCUCUUCCUCCUCCCCACAUCCACCAGUCUGGGUGAAGCUACAGCAUGCUGAGGGCGGGCAGAAAGCGCUGGCGUCU